AUGGCAGCCCUCCAAAUCCAUGGCACCAAAACUGAAAUCUCCACGGAGUUUCUAGUAGAUCGAAUCAUCGAUCUUCACGAAAGCAUCUCGAAACUGGAAACCUUGAAACCAUGCAAGAAAGUGAACAACCUCUUUACAAACCUAGUGAACUUGUGCAUUUUGCCUUGUUCAAUAGAUGUCUCAACAUUGCCACCAAAUUUACAAGCCAUUCGUGAGAGCCUCAUAGUUCUCUGUGGCCAAGCUGAGGGCUUACUCGAAUUAGAAUUCUCAACUUUGCUAAGCAAAAUCCCAAAACCUCUAAACAAUCUCACUCUAUUUCCAUAUUACCAAAACUACAUCAAAUUAGCCAACCUUGAGAACAAGAUUUUGAAUGACAAUGGAAUUUUCAAUCCAAAGAAGGUAGCUUUUGUUGGGUCAGGUCCUUUGCCUCUAACUUCAAUUAUUAUGGCCAUGCAGCACAUGAAGGGUACGUAUUUCGAUAACUACGACAUCGACAGCGUGGCAAAUGACGUGGCAGGAAAGAUCGUGGGGUCGGACACUGAGCUGGAAGGAAGAAUGAAGUUUUGGACGAGGGAUAUUGUUGAGGUAAAAGAAGAGCUUGGGGGAUAUGAUUGUGUGUUUUUGGCGGCUCUUGUGGGGAUGAAGAAGGAAGAUAAAGUGAAGAUUAUAAGGCAUUUAAGAAAGUAUAUGAAAGAAGGUGGGAUUUUGGUAGUGCGAAGUGCUAAAGGAGGUAGAGCAUUUUUGUAUCCUGUGGUUGAAGUUGGAGAUUUGGUUGGCUUUGAGAUUCUCUCUGUUUUUCAUCCCACUGAUGAUGUUGUUAAUUCCGUUAUCUUAGCUCGGAAGCCUAUGAUUAUGUGA